AUGACACAGAUCAACGGCACUUUGGCCGAUCAAAACGGGAAAUUGACGGGUCAUAUGCCCAAUGACUUUAUUUGGUUAUCGCACAACAUAAAAAUUUUAUUGAAGAAAAUUGAAAGUGCAAAAAAAUCUAACAAAUCAUCCAUAAUGGAAAUCAAUUCCAAUAUUCAAAGUUUCUUUCGCAACAAAGUGGUCUUCAUAACUGGUGGCACAGGAUUUCUGGGCAAAGUAUUCAUUGAGAAGUUGUUGCGUUCAACUGAAGUGCAGUACAUUUACGUGUUGGCCCGUCCCAAAUCUGGCAAAGAUGCUAGCGAACGAUUUGCCCAGAUCUUCAAGGAGCCUGUAUUUGAAAAAUUACAUGCCGCUCGCCCCAAUUCCCUGAAAUUCAUCAAAACGAUUGCCGGUGAUUGUACCCUACCCAAUUUGGGUAUAUCCCAUGAGGAUCGUCAAGAGUUAAUCGAGAAUGUUGAUGUGGUGAUUCAUAGCGCCGCCACAGUUCGUUUCAAUGAACCGUUAAGCAAUGCAACGCAAAUAAAUGUUGAAGCGACGAUCGAUAUGUUAAAGCUGGCAAAAGAAAUGAAACAUUUGAAGGCCUUUGUUCACGUUUCCUCAGCGUUUGCCAAUUGUUUGGCUUUGCACGGGGAAGAACGUUUCUAUACCGAGCACUUGGGUAUUAAUAGCGAAGAUUUACUGUGUAUUAAAAAUAUUUUGGGCAAUGAGAAAUUUGAUCGCAUGGAAGUGGAUAUGGUGGGAAAGUAUCCCAACACAUAUUGCUUUACAAAAUCCUUGGCGGAGGAGGCUGUGCUGAGAUAUAGUGGCAAUUUGCCGGUAUGCAUAUUUCGACCGGGAAUAAUUCUACCCACAAGUGCUGAACCUGUGCCCGGUUGGAUUGAUAAUUUAUAUGGACCCAUGAGCGUGUUAUAUGGAGCUGCCUAUGGUGUAUUGCGUGUCAUGUAUGGUAAUCCAAAUCAAAAUGCCGGUUUGGUGCCUGUGGACUUUUGUGCCAACAUGAUGUUGGCCUGUGCUUGGUAUACGGCAACAGCGGUUAAGCAAAUUCCUUCCAGUGAUCCACCAAUUUACAAUUUGGUACCCGACGAAUCGAACACCUUGCACUGGGGUGCCUAUAAACGGUUCGUCGAAGAACAUGGUGUGGAAAUACCGCUGGCCAGUAUGAUCUGGUAUCCAUUUUUAAUAUUCGCCCAAAAUGCCUAUUUCUAUCGUUUCCUGAUCUUAAUCUAUCACAUCUUGCCGGGAUAUUUUAUAGAUUUUGUAUUGCUACUAAUGGGCAAGAAACCUAGGAUGACAAAGGCGUACAAGAAAAUCCACAAACAGUGCAGCUUGUUGCGUUACUUUUUACAGAACAGCUUCACUUUCGACACAACAAAUACGAAGAAUUUAUGGAAAAUUAUGUCAGCCGAUGAUCGCAGAAUAUAUAAUUUUGAUAUGGCUGCUCUGGAUUGGAGUCAAUAUUUCUAUAAUAGUCUGUAUGGUUUACGGCGCUUUUUGGCCAAAGAAGAUCCAUCGACAAUACCACAGGCCAAGAAAUUGCUGAGAAAAUUCCAAAUUUUACACUGUGCCGUACACCUUGUUGCCUUUGUCGGUAUUGCCUGGUUGCUGUGGUCAUUUUUGAAAUUUAUUUUCCUGUCAUAGUGAUAU